AUGGCACCUCCAACACGAUAUGUCGACCGAGUGAUCCCAUGCAUCUCAAUGCAUGAUUUCGAAGGCCGCAUCGACGAAGUCACCGACCAGCUGAUUCGAGCCGCCGAAGAUGUCGGAUUUUUUACCUUGGUCGAUCAUGGUAUCUCCAAAGAAAACAUCGAAUCUAUGUUUGCCAUGUCCAAACACUUCUUCAAUCUACCUGACGAGGUCAAAGCCACUGUAGCAUGGAACCCAAACAACGUGGGCUGGGAAAAGAACUCGCAGAUUCGGCCGUCCACCGGGCAACCCGAUCACAAGGAAUCCUAUCAAAUGCAGUUUGGCGACAAUAUGAAUGAUUUCUGGCUCAAGUACGACGAUCUGCCGGGGUUCCAAAUCACCUCCCUCGAUUUCAUGAACCGCGUACAACAGGUGUCUGAAUGUUUAAUGCGAUGCUUCGCACAGGGACUGGGAUUUCCGGAGAGAUUCUUCAUCGACUGUCAUGGCAUCUCCAGGCCGAACUCGCAAACUACUAUGCGUCUACUUCAUUACUUUGCGUUGCCGGAGGUCCCCGAUGGGAAGGUGUAUCAUCGCGCAGGGCCACAUGCCGACUGGGGGUUUCUGACUUUAUUGUUCCAAAAGGAAGGACAGAGUGGGCUAGAAAUCUGCCCUGGGCGCGAGGUGGUGACCGAAUUCGGCAUUGGGGACGAAUGGACCAAGAUGGAGGCGAAGACCGGAGAGAUCGUGUGCAACAUUGGCGACUUACUGAUGUCAUGGUCGGAUGACCGAUUCAAGUCAACCUUUCAUCGUGUCAAGGCGCCUUGUGAGCCUGGUGACUAUUUUGGCAAUCGAUACAGCAUGGCUUACUUCAAUCAACCGUGCAAAGAUUCUUUGAUUCAGGGGCCGUUGAAGAAAUAUCCGAUGGUGACUGGGGCUCAGUUUACCGAACUCGCCAUGAGACGGAAUUUUGCCGCCUUGCAGGAGAAGCUGAAGACGGUCCCGGCAUAG